AUGACUCAUUUGCAGGCAGGUCUCUCCCCGGAGACUCUGGAGAAAGCCCGGCUGGAGCUGAACGAGAACCCCGACACCCUGCACCAGGACAUCCAGGAGGUGCGGGACAUGGUGAUCACCCGGCCGGACAUCGGCUUCCUCCGCACCGACGAUGCCUUCAUCCUGCGGUUCCUGCGGGCCAGGAAGUUUCAGCACUUCGAGGCAUUUCGCCUCCUGGCCCAGUACUUUGAAUAUCGCCAGCAGAACCUGGACAUGUUCAAGAGCUUCAAGGCCACAGACCCGGGCAUCAAGCAGGCGCUGAAGGAUGGCUUCCCCGGCGGGCUGGCCAACUUCCCACAUAAGGGCCAGGCCAUUUUGAUGCUAUUUAUUUGAAAUCUUUCCCGGUACACACUGGUGGAUAUUUUGCGUGCCAUACUUCUUUCUUUAGAAGCCAUGAUAGAAGACCCCGAGCUUCAAGUGAAUGGAUUUGUUUUGAUUAUAGACUGGAGCAACUUCACCUUCAAGCAGGCCUCCAAGCUCACGCCAAGCAUGCUUAGGUUAGCCAUAGAAGGCCUUCAGGUAACGUUCUUCUUUCUUUUCCUAAUUCUCCUUUGUUUUGCAGUUCAUUACAAAUCUAGGUGGCUAAAAAGCCUAAACAAAGCAAAGAUCCGAGAACUACUGAAUAGCAAGGCUAUUAACACCUUAAG